AGAGAUGGGGGCUCGCCUGAGUCGCGCCGUCAGGAACUUCAACCUGGAGAACCGCGCGGAGCGGGAGAUCAGCAAGGCGAAGCCCUCAACGGCUCCCAAGCACCGGUCCACGCGCGGCCUCCUGCACGAGCAGCUGAGUCAGCAUCCAGAAAUCAAAGAAGAAGUUUAUAGGAAAGAUAACAAGCUGUUGUCACUGCUAAAAGAUGUAUACGUGGAGUCCAAAGAUCCGGUGUCUUCCUUGCCGGUUAAAGAUGUUGAACUACAGCAAGAACCAAAGGAAUUCAGACUGCCGGUAGGACAUCACUUGGAUAAGAGUGUCAUGGACAUUCCCAAAGGCAAAAUUUCUGUUGUAGAAGCAUUGACACUUCUCAAUAAUCAUAAACUUUCUCCAGAAAUGUGGACUGCUGAGAAAAUUGCCCAAGAGUACCAUUUAGAACUGAAAGAUGUAAAUUCUCUUCUCAAAUAUUUUGUUACUUUUGAAGUCAAAAUCUUCCCUCCUGAAGAAAGGAAAACAAUAUCAUCAAAAUGAAGACCAUUCUAACACUUCCUGUGUGUGCUCCCAAGCUCUGUCCUGGUUUUAGUGUAUUAAAUUAUACAAGUCACUGUGAACUGAGCGUCCCUACUUGGAGUGAGCACUAUUUGACCUCUUCAGG